AUGACUGUGCUACGUAUAUCUAGUAAACCAUUUAAGGAAGCCGAAUUGCCUAAAGAUAAGAUUGAAUUGAUUAAUGCUGGUUUACAAAUGACUAGAGAUGUUGUCACCAAGUGGAAGAAAGGUAAAUGUUACGAUUUCAAAAACAAGAACUUUCAAAAGGAUAAUAAAGAUAUUAAAGUCCAAUGUUACUCCACUACCGUAGACGCAGACUACUGGUUAAGUAGAGUCUCUAAGCAUAAGAUUGAGAAGAAAGUAUACGAGAAAAUACUUUACUACUUGGUUGGUGUUGAGAGAAAUGAUAAAGGUGAGUGGGUAAUGGAGGAUAGAGCUAAGAGAUCUGAAUUGGAACUAGAAUACAUUGAGGUGUUAAAUAAAGUCGAGGUGAUGCAAAGGACAGAAUCCGGGUGGGUUCUGGUCAAUCUGGAAUACGAAUUAGGUAAACCAUUGACAACUAGAGAAUUUAAUGAGUGGGUUUACCCAAUAGAACCAUUUAUGAAUGAAGAAACUGGAAUAGAAACUUCAUUAAUCAUAUCGUUAGUAGCAGACAAGCCAUUAAAAGAAAGUACGAUACAUCUGAAUCAUACUAAGGCAUACUAUAUUGGUGUCGAGAAAUUAGAAUAUAAUUAUAAAACAGAAGACUUUACUUGGACAAUGUGUACAAGUAGUGAUGCAGGUGGCAAUAUUCCAAAAUUCUUACAAAAUGCUACAAUCGCCAAAACAGUUUCCAAAGAUGUACCAUAUAUGUUUGACCAUUUAAAAAAAUCGAUAGGUAAAUAG